GAGAGAGGCCUAUUCUCGUCUUCAGUAAGUCACCCUUAUAUUUCCUCAUGUUUUCCGGAAGGGAUGAUGUACAAAAGCGCUUGCGCCCCGGGAACCCUGAAGAUUUUCACGAGGCUCGAAGCGGCUGGAGAACCGACAGUCCUGCCGCAUCACCAAAACGCGUCACACAGUUGAAACACAGCACUUUGACUCGUCCAUAAAGGUCAACCAGACCCUUGCCAUGCGAUGUCGUUGCAGAGCCCGAGACUUCGACAUUACAGGACCAUGACAGCGAUUUGUUUUGUCUGCAAUUUACCGAUUCUCAGUCAUCAAGUGGGUCUAAUAUGGCAGGGCGGAAAUGGAUGGGACGAUCUUGUUCGGGAACAAGUCGAAGAAUCGACGCUAAAACAACGCCUUGGGACUGGAAGACGUGAUUCAGCAGCGCAGAUAACAUCAAUUUCACCUCCAAAUGAACUUCAAGAAACAUCGCCAACAAAUCAACGUCGAAGACGUUCGAGUUUGGCACAAUUGACUGACAUUUUAAGAGAAUGGGGUGGAGGUGGUACUUCAACAAAAGGUGGAAAGGGCAGUAAGCUAUCGCGACGUGAAACACUUGCUGAUAUUGCAAAAUCUUUACCAUGGUCAAGAUCGGCAACAACAGAUACCUGUCAUCCAACCAGUCAUUAUGCGAGUGUAAGAAAAAGACGAGAAAGUUCAGUUGACAGUGGCAUUAGAAGUCAAUUAUCAACAAAAGGACGAAGAGAUUCAGCAAUCAGUGACCUUAAAAAUGAUAUUGCCAAACUUUGGGGUAAAAAGGAACAACCACAACCUCAACAACCACCAACGGUUAUUUCACCAACUCCAAGAAGAGGAUCGGGAGAAUCUCGAAAUUCUAGACGAGGUUCUGGUGAGAGUGCAAGAUCGAGAAGAGAUUCUAUUGUUGGCGGACAAACGGGCAAUUUAGGUGAAAAGAAGCAGCACAAUUGUCGACAUCAUAGACGUAAACAAUCUCAACAAUCUAUUGAUCUUGGUGUUCCACCUGGAAAGUAUUACAGAAAUGAUCAAAGGCCAAGUGCAUCGAGUACAGAUAGCGGCGGAAGUUUUGCUAUUCGGGAUCAUUUGGAGACGCAAAGAAGUGCAGAGAAGACAAACAAUUUGGAAGCGAAGACGCCGACGACGACAAUUGAGAUGAAAUCAGUAUCAUGUGAAAGUAAAACAUUGACUUUAGAACCAAAUAUUAAUCCACCGACAAUCGUUAUGUCUUCAGUAACGCCGCCAUCAAUUUCGCCCAUUGCCGGAAGUAGUCUUCCACUUCCUGGAAAUUCAAAUUCCGGAAGUUCUAGUCCUGUUGGUUCACCUAAUGUGAGCACAACACCAACACAUCCAUUAUUGUCUACCAGAAGAGAUUCCACGACUCAGUGUUACUAUAAAGGAAAAGAAGUUUCUCCGAAUAAAAUACCGAGAUUAACUAGACAAUCUGCUGCCAUGGAUGAAUCUCUGCCUCCAAGUGGAAGACGAGAGAGUCAACCGACAUUAUCACCAGAUCCCGAUGACGGAGGUCGAAAAGCGCGAAGAGAUUCCCUAAGUCCGGAUUCAGCCUCUUAUCCAAGACGUCGUGAUUCAAAGAGUCAUUUGAGUCCAGACAGAAAUGCGGAUAAAAGAGAUAUUAGUCCAAUUAGACAGAGAAAAGCUCGACUUCGAAGACAAUCAACUUCCAUCGCUGGUCGAGCUCCAAGAUCUCCUGAUAGUUCGUCGUGUUCUUCGAGAGAUCCAAGUCCAUGUGCAAGAGCACCUGGAAGUAUUCAACAUGCUCCAAUAAUUAGAAGACAAUCAACGACAGAAGAAAUUUUAAUAGCACGUGGUUUUAGACGACAAAGCACAACUGAGGAAAUGAUUCGCUGUCGAAAUUUUCGUAGACAGAGUUCACAAAGCGAUGAUACAGUUCGUACACUUUCCCUUAAACAUGUUCAAAGGUAUCGAGGCAGAAGAGACAGUUCAGCACAGAUAACAGAUGGAACAUUUGCAACAAUGACAGUCGAGACUUCGAGCACUUUUUUUGACAGCAGCACACAGACUGAACCGUCCCCAUUAUAUGACAACAAUCACUAUCACGAGGAGUGCCUAAGAUGUAACAGCUGUGGCCUCAAUCUUACAGGACCGAAUCAAAAACGAGCACGAAGAUUCAAGAAUCAAAUUCUUUGCGACCUGCAUUUUGCGGACGUCGCGCUGAUGGAGUGCUCAGACUUUAUGCAACAAUUGCGCAGCUUCAAGCCCCAAAGUUUAGGCUGCGCAGUUGCUAGAAGAAAAUCUUCAACAACCCUCAUCUUCCCUCUACCACCACAGGCUUGUUCAGAUGAAUUUUGUCAGGAGUUUCCUCACAAUUUAAUACCAACGCCGGGUUAUUGGAUUGAAUGCUCGCGACAACAAGUCACAUCGGACACAAUUUGGGAUGAGAGUGAAAGUGAUCGCGAUGCCACUGAUCCUGAACAAGUUGAAGAACGUGAACAGGAACAAUUUAAACAGAGACGUGAUUUUUGUUUAUUUGAGGAAAAUGAAGUUGAUACCGAUGAUAUUCCAAGAAAGAAAACCACAAUUGAAGAACAAUGGGAAAAAAAUCUUGGUUUUGAAUUGACAUCCGUUGAACAAGAAACAUAUGAAAGGUAUUUUUAUGGCUCCGAACAUUGGAAUUACUUUACUAAUGACGAGGAUCUUGGACCUGUUAUCUUGAGUAUUAAGCAAGAAACUAUUAAUGGGAGGGAUCAAUUUCGAAUUCUUGUCAGAGCUAUCAGCUAUACCGUUCACGGACUUAUACCAGCAAGUUGUGUUUUUGCUGAUAGAUACAAUCGAGAAGAAGUCGUUCGAAGUUUAGGAAAAGAGGUCAAUAUUAAUCCCCCAUUGACUUUGGGACAACUGCCUGAUACUCCAGAAGAAUUGCUAAAGCUUGACCAAGUGUUCAUAAAAUCUGAAUUAAAAGUGGGAGUCAUUUAUGUUCAAGAGGGACAAUACACCGAAGAAGAAAUACUUGACAACAAUGAGAACUCAUUUUUAUUUGAAGAAUUUUUAUACAUCCUUGGCGAAAAGGUCAGACUGAAAGGAUUUGAUAAGUACAAAGGUGGCCUUGAUACUGUUCACGAUUUAACUGGCAUUUUUUCCAUUUACACCAAUUGGAGAGGAAUUGAAAUAAUGUUUCACGUUUCAACAUUACUGCCCUAUGAAAAACAUGAUACACAAAAGCUCCAAAGAAAGAGGCAUAUAGGUAACGAUAUUGUGUGCGUUGUCUUUUUGGAAGCAGACAAUACCAGUUUUAGUCCAGCAUGUAUAAAAUCACAUUUUCUUCAUACAUUUAUAUUAGUUCGAGUGAGUCCGAAAAUAAAAAGGAAAAUUUCAAGAUACGAAGUUUCCGUUGUGACGAGAGAUGAAGUCGGUGCUUACAAGCCUUAUCUUUGGGAACAAAGUGUUUUUGAGAAAGGUCCAAUGUUUCGAGAAUGGGUCCUUACAAAAAUUGUAAACGGCGAGAGAGCGAGUUAUUCUGCGCCAAAAUUCGCGAGAAUGCAAGAGAGAACAAGAAGUCAAAUGCUCGAGGAUAUUGUUGCCAAUUUAGCGAAUCAUGCUGAAACGGGACAGAUUCCAAAACCUUAUAGACGUGGUUCCUGGAGACCGAUUGGUCAUAUGAGACCGUCUUCGCCUUUAUUGGACUCUGUUCGAGACCAAUUUGAAGAUUAUGAUCAAUUAGCGAAAGAUUUUACGAAAGUAUUUUUGAAUAGUGCAGAAAAUGUCACAUUAAACGCAAGUCUAUUUGAUGUUUCAUUUUUGGUUCCUGGACAUCAGAAACAAAAAGUUCGAUUUAUAGGUGUCCGCGCAAUUUUAGGUGUCAGAAGCAGAGUUUUUCAAGAAAUGUUAUACGGAAUCCAAGCUGGUUUUGGAAGUCCGCAAGUUCCUGUGGCGGAAUUAUUGGCGAGGCCGGCGCCAACUUUGCUCAGUCCGCAAAAGCCAAAGAGUUCAAAUUUUCUUCAAGUGCCGGAUAUGGAAAGUCCAAGGCCCAAAAGUGUUCCAUCGUCGCCAAUGGUGAAAAGGGCAUUUUCACGAUUAGGAACAAUUACUGCCGGGUGGGGAAGAAGCAUUAAAAAACAUGGAAAUCCAUUGCAAAGUGAAGAUCGUAAACGAUGGGCCAGUUCACAGGAUUGCAGUAAAGAUAAAGAACUUAAGGAAAAGGAAAAGGCGGCGCAAUCGUUAGCAGUUCCAAGAUUGAGUGUAUGCGCUGAUGCUCAAAAAGUUGAUCGAGCCAAAUUGGCACAAACUGAAUUCGAUAUAAUCGAAUUUGAUCCAGAGACAUUUCGAAUUCUUUUGGAUUAUCUUCACACGGGCUCUUGUCCAUUGACAUGUAGCAAUAUUCCAGGCUUAAUUUGUGCCGCCGAGCAUUAUGAUCUACCGGAACUUUUGCAAGCAUGCUUUCAUCAUGCAAAACAAUUUUUACGAAUUGAAAUUGUUUGCGUUAUGUUGUGCGCAUUGGAAAAUUAUUAUUGGCGUUACACAUCAGCCUCGGAAUUGGUGAAUAUGAUUCUUGCCUUUGUUGAAACAAGGGCAUAUCAACUUUUUCAAAAUGAAGAUUUUCUAACAUUGAGCGAGUCAAUGGUUCAAAUGAUUAUGAGCCGUGGACUUGAAGUGGUGGAAAUUAAAAAAUUUGAGGCAAUGCUCAGCUGGGCGAAGCAUCGAAUUGAAACUAAAUCUUAUAAAAUUGAUGCUAAAAUGGAAUUCGAUUGUAUUAUGGAACGACUUAGCAGAGAUUUAAAAUUGGUCAGGAUAACACCACAAGAACUUAUUCGAAUAGUGUUGCCUUCAAAGGCAAUAAAAAAUGAAAGAAUUUUGGAAACACUGAUGUAUCAGGCAAAUUCAGGAAUUUACAGAAACGUUGACCGAUAUUUGGAGGCCUAUCAAAACAGGAUACAAAAUCAAGAAAGUUAUGAUUGUGGAUUAUGAAAAUCAUAAAUUGCAAAAGUUAGUAGAAAAACAAAAUAUUUAUUGUACCAUGGAAUCAAAUACUUGGUCUACAUUAAUUUUGUAAUUUCCACAAAAUUUUAUACAUAUUUUUCCUUCAAUUAAAUUAUUUAUAAUUACAUAAUGUUAAUACAAAACAAAAGAAAUGAAAUUUUCUCAUUCCAUUAAAUUUUAUAUUUCAUUUCUAAUUAGCAAAAUGAAGAAUGGUGCUAUAUACAAUUCUCUAUUAAAUUAUAAAUAAUGAACUUGUAUAAAUUGUAGAAAUUACAAAAAAAAAAAAAAAUUGUUCACGAGAACCAAAAGCGCUCAAAAUUUUCGUAACAAGGAAAGUGAAUAACAAUGGACAAUGUUAGAUCUACCAAAAUACAAAGACAUAAGAAAAUUUUAAAAAUCAAGAAUUUUUCUUGAAUAUAAAGUAAUAAAAAUAAAAUGAAGGGAAAUUUUUUUUUAGAAAAAAAGGAAAAAAUAACUUUUUGGUGUGUGUGAAGCUGAGCAAAGUCUGAUAUAAAAAAAAAAUUAAUAAGUGGUUGCAAUAAAUCACCUAUAACUUAAAAUGCACCACGUGCAUAAAUUAAAAAUUGCGAUAUCAAAAUGCAGAAAAAUGCACAAUUUUUUGCGUAGUUUAGAUAAAAAAAAAAAAGAAUUUUAAGAAAAAUUAUCAAAAUUUUUGCCGAUAUGCGCAUUAAAAAGAAAAUCAGCGCUUUUUCACGAAUAGGUAAAAUCUUAAUUUAUAAGUACAUAAAAAAUAUAUUACGAGUUAAAUGAAAAGGGAGAAAAAUGAAACUUGGUCCUCCAUAAAAAUGUUUUUUCCAUAUUUAAUUUUUUAAUUUUAUGUUUAAAAAUGCAUAAUUUUAAAAAAUGCAAAUUUAAAAUGAAAAAUUUAACGUCACCGGAUUUUAAUUUUAAAAAAUUGACAUUUAAAAUGUCAGCAUUCAUACAAAAUUAAUUUUUAAAUUUUUAACAAACACAAAAAAGGCCAAAAAUGACAAUCUGUAUGAUAUAAAAAGACAUUAUUAAUUAUUAAUAAUACAAUAAAGUAUUAACUAAUCAAUAUAUAAAUUAUAAAAAAAAUAUAUAUUGCAAACAACGUUAAUAAUGUACUAAAAAAAAGACAUACAUAUUGCUAUAUAAUUAAAUAAUAAAUUAAUAAUAAUGCUGUAUGAUGAAAGCGUUGAUGUUGAAUGUGAGAUAAUAAAUAUUUGGAGUCUGUUCUGUUUUUCUAUUGUAGAUUUUGUAUCUUCAAUAUUCUAAGUCAGAGAUUCUAAAAAUAUUAAAAAUAUAUAAAAGGAAAAAAAAGGAUAAUAGCAAAACCCACAGUUUUUUAAAGUGCAAAGUGCUUCUCAAAAAAAAAAAAACUGGAGAAUCGCGUCAUUAAAAAAAAGAUAUUAUUGGUUUUCCUCUUACGUGACAAAUAAACAUAUCGAGUUUGUGAAAAAUAAAUCCCACUUUUAAAUUUAAAAAAAAAUUAUUUUCUAUUUUUAAUUACUAAAAGAAAAUAAAUAAAUUUGAGUCACGAAAGGGAAGAAACCAAAUAUUGCUUAGUGUUUUUUAUCCAUAAUAAACCUUUAAUGAUGUUUCUGGACACAAGCAAAAUAUAUAUCUUGUUUAAAAUAUAGUAAAAGAACCGUAAAAAGGUCUGUAGAUAGUUAAAAACAAAACAAAAACAAAAAAAACUCAAAGCGAAAAAAUAUUUUUGACACGAUCUGUGUGUUAAACUUAUUAAAUAUGAGAAUAUUAUUUGGAUUGUAAUUUACGAUUUUUAAAAACAUUUUAUAUACUUUAAUGAAAUGAAAUAGUCUUCUUAUUUUACAACAUUUUCUAGUUUUCUUUAAAUUAAUUUAUAUAUACAAUAUUUUGAACUUCCGAAAAAUAUUGUCAAAUUUAUUUUACAAUUUUUUAAUUUAGAAAAAAAAUUUGUAAAAUAAACUUAACAAUUUAUUAAAUAUAUUUUUUAUUAAAUUUCGAUUUUAUAUGGUAUAUAUAUUUACGAACAUUAUAAAUAAAAGAUGAAAAUAAAAAUCGUCAGCUUCUUUUGUAAAUAUAAAAUAUUUUCCAAAAAUGAUAUGUCUUCGUAACCCAAAUGUGUAAUUUUCGUUAAUUUAUUUAAAAAUAAUGCGAGAAAUGACGUAUAUAUAUAUAUAAAUAAAUAUGUAGAAAUAAGUGAUUAUCGAUUCACCUGAAGAAAAACUGGGAGAUCGCCAAAAAAAAACUGUUAAGUGUCUUAUUGUUCAGGCAAAAGGUUGAACAAAAGUUGAUCCUUAAUGAGUCACUAAUUUUUCCCAAUACAAUAGAACAGUGUUUUUAAACAAAUUUCGAAUAAAUUUACUUGAAAUAAAAAAACUUUCUUAUCAAAUCAAAAGUAAGUUAAAUUUUGUUUCAUUAAUUGAGAAAAGUAAAUUUGAAUAUUUAUUAUUUUAUUAACUACUUGUGAUAAUGCAAUAAUUAGUGUUUAAUAAUAAUUAAUAACAAUUAUAGAUAAUUGAAUAAUUUUUAAAAAUUGAAUGUAACUGACUUUUUUUAAUUAUUAAUAAAUCCUAAUAAUUUAUUAUUUUAUUUAAUUGAUAAUUAAAAAUUUGGAGAUAGGACUUUCUUUCAAUUUUAUUUUGAAGAAAUAAUUUUCUUUUGCCAUUCAAUUGUCAUGAUUUUCUAAUGACGAAAAAAUUUUGUAAAGCGAUCAACUUAAAAGUACAGCCAUUGCCGCCUACUGUUCAACCGUACAUGUAACUAUAUAUGCUAAUAAGCUGACCGUAAAAAAAAGAAAUAUAUUGAAAAUGAUAAAUAUAUUAGAAAUAUACACACGACGACAGAGGAACGAAAUAAAGUUAUAAUAUAUUUUGAACCACGUGAUAAUAGAGCUUGCGACGGGUGUUAAAAACUCCACGUAGUUUUACGUUUAUAUCAUAUAUAUAAAAAAAAAAGAAAAUCAUUGAUCAUUUUCAAAUGAAAAACAAAAAAAAAAUACACCAAAACUUGUUUUUAUAAUUAAAAUAUUAGGACCUUUUAAAAUUGUUCUAGUCAUCUUGCAGAUAAUAAUUAUAUACAUAUACAUAUAUUAUAUAUUAUAGCUAAUUUUUUGAAUAUCAAAUGAAAAAAAAAGAAAUAAAAAAUAAGAGAAUAUACGAAUGAAAAAAAAAAUAUAUUACAUUUUCACAGUUCCUCUCGCUCAUUGAUUGUUAACAUGUUCAAUUUUUUCUUCUUGUAUCAAUCAUCUUUCAUCACUGUUAUUAAAAAAAACAUUGUUGUUGUUGUUUCUGCUGCUGCGACGAUCAUUAUUAAAUUGAACGAGAUAAAAAAAAAAACUUGUUUGUUCCUAUUGAAACUAUAUUGUAUAUGCAUAUAUAUUAUAAUAUAAAUUAUGUCAUCUAUCGUCUACCUGUGAUCAGUGUGGAUAGUCAUUUAGAAUCAUUAAAUUAUUAAGCUCAUGAGAAUUUGUUAGUAAAAUUCAAUCGGUAGAUAGAUUAAAAACCUCUGUAUAAUACAUAUAUAUAUUAAUCAUUAAUUUGCGACGUAAAAAAUGAAUAUUUUACAAAUUUGUUACUUUUAACACACAAUUUUAAAAAUCAGAAAUUAAUUUUUUUAGCUACGAUAUAAAAUAGCGAUUAGUAGAAUUUUUUUAAUUAUCUUUCAUAUUUUGAUUUUUUUUUCGAAAAAAAAUCCUUUUUAAUAUCAAAACGAAUUUAAAAAAAUUAAUUUCUGAUAAACCGUGUGUUCUUAACUUUUAUUAUAUAAUAAAAAAAACAAAAUUCUGCUGAGAUUUUGGUACUCGUCUUUGUCGGAUUCGCGUGGUAACGAAUACAAAACAAAAAAAAAAAGGCAACAUGUGGAACUAUAUGACAGAAAUUUAUUGUACAUGAAGCUACUGUGAUUACUGUUGAAAAAUUAAAUAUAUAUAUUAUAUAUGUAUAUGUAUGUAAAAAGAAAAGAAAUAUACACAGAAAAUACACACACGCAUAUAUAUACAUAUAUAUAAAAAAAAAAUAUGCCAUACUUAAGACAUAUUUCAUUCGUUUGCAGCAGUUCGAUGAUUCUCUUCCUAACAGCAAUGCUGAUAUUUUUACAGAAAUCAGUCGAAAAAAAAAUAAUAAUGUACAGAAACCAGAAAGAAAAAAAAAAGCAAAAUAGAAAUGGUUAUACAAUUAAGAUUGAAAUAGUUAUAUAGUUAAUGAAUUCGACAAUGACUCAAUAAACUGAAACUUUCUUUCAA